AACAGACAAACUCCUAUUCAGUACGAUGCCUUCAUUUCCUACAACACCAAUGAUGAAUCCUGGGUCGUGAGGGAGCUGCUGCCAGAGUUGGAGGGAGAGCAGGGCUGGAAGUUGUGUCUGCACCCCCGGGACUUCCAGCCAGGUACCACAUAUUCAGCACAACAAUUAGUCAUUGUAUUGAAAUGCGUUGUUAUUUCAGACAUUUUAUAUGAAAGUUCACAUUUUAGAUGAAUAUUCUGGACGCAACACAGGCUUGUGUGAGUGACCUGCAUCCAGUAUAACAUUAAAUGCCAUCUGAAACAGGAAGUUGCAUAAUACUAAGAGUGCACAGAUUCAGUUGAAACCAGUAACUACAUACACAUACAACUAGUAGUAAAUUGUCCAAAAUCACUGCUUACAAAGGAUUUGUUUCUCACUGUGUUCCACAGGUAAACCCAUCAUAGAGAACAUCACAGACGCCAUCUACAGGAGCAGAAAAACCAUCUGUGUGAUCACCCACCGAUAUCUGGAGAGCGAGUGGUGCUCCAGAGAGAUACAGGUGGCUAGGUUGGUUUAAUGUCUUUCUCUUUAUAGUUGUAUGACUGCCCAGGGGUUUGUUUCCCUGAAGCUUCAUAGCUAAUAUUAACUUUCUUUCUCUCAAUGUCCCAGACCCACUCCACUUAUUGAACAGCAAAGUGCUUUAUUUGACAAAUGUUGUUUCUACACAAUUUACAUUCAAACAUCGAUUUUUAUAAUUUUUACUCUCUUGCGGCUUUGCAUCUGGGUUGUCGAGAGAAAACAAUGUGCCAUGUUGUUAUCUUUAGGUAUGAUGUUUUUCGGAAAAUCACCCAUGUAUGGGACUCGGGUCGUCUACGCAAACACUGAAAUAAAAGACUCUGCUCUCUCCAGCUUCCGUCUUUUUGAUGAGCAGAAGGAUGUGCUGAUCCUGGUGUUUCUAGAGGAGAUCCCAGAACACCAGCUCUCACCCUACCACCGCAUGAGGAGGCUGGUGAAGAAACGCACCUACCUGAGCUGGCCCAGAGCUGGGGAGCACACCGGGGUCUUCUGGCAGAAACUCCAGGUGGCUCUGGAGACCAGGGACUGGCCUGAGGAGAACCCCAUCCUCACCAGGGUGGAGAGAGUGACA